GGGAGCGGGUAUGAGACCACGCGUCACGCGUUAUCGUCACUUGCUGACGCGCUCACGUUGUCUUCUAACCACAACGUCCAUUCACGCGUUCGACGCGUCGCGGAGGUGCACGAUGGCCGUACAAACGGGGCUGCCCUGAUUGAAGUACGCACUGCUUCUACCAUCACAGCCCUGAGAGGAACGGCAACGCAGUUCAUUUUUUGGUGUCCAAGACGCUCAUUUUGCUCGCAAUCGUUUCCGCUCACGAAACUUUACGUUGUAUCCUUCUUCUCGAUGUUGACAUGGCGCCGUCAUCUCGAAACUGAGAGCCUCGAAUCAGGAUCUGCUUCUGAUGGAGACGGUUCACGAUUGGUUUACGCGGUAAGACAGCUUCGGAUUUCAGCUGGCCGGAAUUUGUCGUACGUUUUGUUCAGUUCCUUCAUAUUUCUGCAGUAUGUUUUGUCGAAAUCGACUGCUCGGGCGUCGUUUUCAGAUCCGCCGCACGAAUGCAAGGCCUGA